AUGGCCCAGGGAAAGUCACCCACGGAUGGUGUCAAGAGUCAGCAGAAGUGGGCAGAGAUGUACUCUGAAAUUACCACUGUCAGCUCCAGCGCAGGUCAGUCAACAUUUUAUUUUCAGUCAAAAAUGUAUUUUCAGUCAAAAUGUUGUUGUAUGAUGAAGUUAUAUUAUUAAUAACAAACUAUACAUUGUCGUAGGCCUUUCAUUUAUAUCUGCCUGAAUUAAAUGUAAAUAUCAUGAAUUGAUGCUGUAGUUUUAGUUAAUAAGCCUUGUUUUCAUUCAAAUAUUUUGACAAUGGACUGAAAAAUUUAAGUAAUUUUUGUAAAAUUCCAUUAUAUUUCUGGACUUUGAUGAAAAAGAUUGAGAAAGAAUACAAACAAAAAUGUUACUAAUAAAAUACUAUAAAAUACUAUUUUGGCCAGUUCCCUGUUCAUUCGGUCUGUUCACCAUCCAGUGUAAUGUGAACAGCCAGUCAACUAUGUCAACCAAUUUGACAAAUUAGUCAUUGUUAGCUUUUGUUAACUUAAUCUUGGUCAAAUCCCCACGUCUCUGGUAUCUCUUUCUCACGAGAUUGAAUUUGGUCAGCAAAGCCUUGUGGCUAUUAGGUUGCCCGAGAUUGAUGGAAAAGAUAAAGUCAUGUAAUCCCUCUUUUUUGAAGGACAGUCCUCAGUGAAAUGGGUCCUUACAAAUUUUGGCGACUUCCUAUAUGGUGAAAGUGAAACACAAGUAGGCCUAUAGGCCUGGCCAGCCUACAUCAUGAAACCUGAACUAGAGUAUAAUCAAGAAACUCAGCCAAAAUGUACAGUUUAAUUAAAGUCAGAGGGAAUGCCUUUGCAGCAUCCAUUCAAAGUCCUCACACAUUCAACCUAUCCUUAUCCCGACUACAGAUGUGGGCAGCCCAGCCAGAAAAGGCCCAUUUGACAGUAUGGCCAUAGGCCUCAGCAGGCGUGGGAGAGCCUACCCAUCCCCAGCGCGCAGGCGCCAUCGCACCACCUUCAGUCACAAGCAGCUGGACCAGCUGGAGAUGGCCUUUGGACAGAACCACUACCCCGACAUCUACUGCCGUGAGGAACUAGCGCGGCUCACCAAACUCAAUGAAGCACGCAUACAGGUCAGUGGGCCUAGGCCUAUUUAUCAGUCCACACGGAUUGUAUUCAAUUUUUUUAUCCUGUGUGGGGGGGGGGGGAGUUGAUAAUACUUGCAAUUUCUAACUCAGACUGUUUUCAUUUACAAAUUAAACGCCAUGACAUACUUAUCCAUUAUCCUAUAAAAUGGUAAAAUCUCAAAUACAACCUGGUUAAGACUUAUUUCUUAUUGUAUUUGACAGGUAUGGUUCCAAAAUCGCCGUGCCAAAUACCGCAGGCAGGAGCGUGCGUCUCAAAAGGUCUUGCCAAUGGGCAUGAUGCCAGGGCACAGGGCACUGUUGGGCAGCAUGUGUGUUCAGUCCACAGGGAUGACCUGUCAGUACUACCCUCACUCUCUGGCUCACCAUAUCCCCCGGUUCCCCUCUAUGCUGCCCCAAGGUGGUUACUCCCACUCCCACCACACAAGCUCAGCCAGCCAGUGUCACUGCCCUACAGUCCCACCACAGCCACAAUCCCCCCGCCAGCAUGAGGACUGGUACAGCCCGCUCCGGAACAUUGGAGCCCCACCCAACAACCUGGCCACACCUGUGUUCUCCCUGACCUCCAUGCCUGCUCUAGACCCUGCCUCUCACUGGAACUAAAGAAAGGGCAACUUCUAUGUCAGGAGGUAGAUAACUGUUAAUUCUUCGAAAAACACAGCCUAUUCAUUGCACUGUAGAUCAGAUUUUUAAAAUACAGCUUUUUGUAUCUGUGCAGUGAUAGGAAUUAAGGAACAUGAAGAAUUUAUAGAUUAGUGAGAACGACUUAACUCUUUCACCCCUUGAAUACCUGACAUUGAAUGCAUUGCAUGUUACAUGUUCUGUGACUAGCAGGUUUAAAGUUCAAGGUAGCCUAACUGAGACAUUUGUGGGUAAUCUAAAUAGACUGGCUGAAAUAUAUGCUAUCUUUCUCCUAACAAUGUAUUUUGUAUUUUCACAGUAAAUAAAGUAGUGUGUAUUGGGAGUGAUUUGUUUGUUUAUGUUAAAAGUGAUGCUACACUCUAAAAAUUAGGGGUUCAACAAGGGUUCUUCUAAGAUCCUCAAAGUUCAUCGAGGAACCUCCUUAGUUG